AUGAGGGAAAUUGCCAUUGUUCCCGAUAUCAUUGUGCUUUAUGUGAUACAAAAGGCAAAAAUACAUGAUCAUGAAGCACAUACGUGCAGUGCACUGGAAAUCGAGAGAUUACACAGUGUUAUGUGUAAAUGUGACAGCGCGAUUAUUAAAACGCCACGACACUGGCACUGCCCAUUUUGUUUGACUAUUUGGUCAAAGGCCUACAUAUUGGAGCGGCAUCUUAAAACAUGCGACAACAGCAUGGACAACAUUGAAGUGGCCGUAUUAUUAUCAAGAAAGAAGACUGAGAAUGAAGAUAAAAAGCAACAACAUUCGCAACCACUGCCAAUGCCACCACCAAUCGAUCAUGAAGAUCCUGGCGAUGAUUCUGAAAGAGAUGAAUCUCCAUCACCCUCAUUCAAUCUGCCUUUAGUAAACCAUUUAUCAUGUAGUACAUCAACACGCAUUCCACUAUUCAAACGUGGGGUAGACAGAGUAUCAUGUUCUGAAUGUGGCGAACUGGAAGCUGGUCCGAGAAAUGCCUUACCAAUUCAUGCUGAGAAAGAACUUCUUUGUACAAAUCCAAAAGUAUUUUGCGAGAGUAGCACAUGUAUACAAGCUGCAACAAUCGCAACACGUAGCAGACUUCCAAGUUUCGAAUGUGAACAUUUAUUAUCAGUUAACAGAGCAAUUCGAUUCAUAGAACAACCAUUCCUUCUCCCCGUGAAACUUGAUGAAUUAUGUAAUACGUAUCAUCCAUUUUCUGAUAGCAGUAGAGAUGCAGCUCUAACAUUGAACAGUCGAAGCAUAGCCAAUGGUAUACUUGGGCGAGUUAUUGUUUCGUAUGAUACUGAUAAAAACACAUGGCAUUGUCGAUGCUGCAAGAAGAGGGGUUGCGGUCACAAAGCUCUUGCUCGUUGGUAUUGCUACCAAGUAUUCCCGGGUAAAAUACACCACGGCGCCUCAGAAGACCAAUAUGAAACUGAUGACAUUGAUGAUGGCAACACGCUGAUUAUUCCUGGCGCUAUAAAACAAUUACAUUCAUAUCCACCGGUUAUUGACAUUUCGGAGAGAAUGGUUGAAUACUGGUUGAGGCAUAAAAAAAUUCCACCUGAUAUUUCUUUGUCUAUGUCAGAGAAUUUUAACCAUACUCGUCUCAUGCCUGUGGAAAAGAGGUGCAAAAAUCAUACUGCUAUUGGUAGUGUGAUGUCAGCUUGGGAAGACACAAACAAUAUACGGAUACCCCAUAAUGUUGUCAUCAAAGCGUAUGAACAUUUUGAGGCCUUGACGGACCAUGAUUAUACUUUCAAUUGUGUAAUUUGUGGCAGUAACCCGCCCGUCAUCAUUACUGAUUUGCAAAGAAAGGCAUGCUUCAGGAUGGAUGUGUCUAGUCUCAAAUUACCGGAUGUUUGUGAAGAUUCUGAUAAAGUUGAUGUUGAAACAUUCUGGAAAAAGAUCGAAAUGGAGAAGUUAGUGAAACCGCUCAUUAGAUAUGGCGAAAAAAAUCCAUUCCAAAUGACAUCAUCCUAUUCAGCAUGGGCACCAUACAUUGGACGAGCUACCCGUGGGGAAACAGUAUGGAAUACAGAGCACAGAAAAGUGAUAAGAGAAACUGAAAGACUUGAAACAGACUGUCGUGAUAUGUCCGAGGAGCGUUUAAUAGAACUCCUGAAUUCUUCAAGCAUCACGGUUGCAAAGGUGAAAGAAAUAUGUUCAACUUGCAAUAUUGCAGCAACCGGAUCAAAAUAUGAUAUGGUAUUGCGUAUUCGACAGGCACUGAUUAAAAAUGAUAAUAUAAUGAACAAAGUAUUCCAAAAGAUAUGGGGUGCUUCUGGUGGAUGGCUUUCAGCAAGCUGCCCUCAUCGUAUCGUAUAUGCAGUUAAGUUUCUUAUUCGGGCUGAGAGUCCGCGAGAUCACGUUGACCUUAUUAGAUCUUUCAAGGUUCAACCAUCUGUUGUUAUCGUUGAUAUGCCACAUAUGGUAGCAAGACAUGGAAAUAUUAGAUAUCCGCAGAUGUUUCAUCCCUAUGACGGCAGAGUUGCAGAAAGCACAUCAGAAAAUAUUAUGCUAGCAACAGAAGGAAAAUUGGAGGUACACCUACCUUGGCUAUAUGGUCGGCAGCAGUCCAGUCAAGGAAAUCAUGUACUAGGAGAUGAUGUUCAUCUGUGUUUAUAUGAUGUAUUUCACCAGCAAAAUACAUCCAAGGAAGAGGAAGUAUUGCGACGUAUUUCAAAUAUUCCGGAGUUGCACGGCAUUGUAAAUAGUCAGGUAGCAGAACAAAUACACAACUCAAGAAAGAGGGACAUUCAUUUCCUAAAUACUAUGGGAGCUACAACACAUAUAUUUAUAUUAAUGAAUGUUAUUCACUCACAUAACAUGAAAGUGAACGCCGAUACCAUGGCCAAAAUGACAGACGUAUUCAAGGCCCAAGUAACCUUCGAUAGCUUGGGACGUGCAGUUAUCAGUCAUUCGACUUCAAACCAUUCCGCUAUUGACCACAUUUCCAAUGUUACCGAACACGUAGACAGUUUAUCGGAGCAAGGCGAUGUCACAGGUCAGUCGACUUCAAACCAUUCCUCUGUUGACCAAAUUUCCAAUGUUAUCGAACACGUAGACAGUUUAUCGGAGCAGGGUGAUGUCACAG